CUGGAGGCAAACAAAGGCGAGAUAGUCGGGAUGAAUGUGAUGGUUUUGAAUUGAAUGAAAUAAAUAAAUUAUGUUUUGUGAUUAUGGAUAUAUUGAAUAAAAAUAAAAGUGCAAUCAUUUCAUUGGAAGUGAGACACUACGAGUGUGAAGUGAAUGAGAUAGUGAAUACAGUCAGCACUGAUGUGGUGCGGAGUGACAGAUGAUCUAGAUUGAAUAGUGGUGGAGUGCUACAUAUAACCUAAUUAUACUCUAAUUAGUAAUUUGUGUCCUUUUUAUUAAAUUUAACUCUCUUAUUCUUUUUUCAUAUAUACUCCAUAUAUUUUGUGUAAAUUUUAGUCAAAUUCAUAUUUUUUAAAAAUUUAGAUUUGUUUUUUUUUUUUAAAAAAAAUAUAGAAAAUUUAAACAUGCACGUGAGAGGGGCGAGAGGAAUGAUUUAGAAUCCCAUUCCUAGAUGAUGUCUACUAGUACUUGUUUAGUUGUUUAUCCCACACGCCGCGCCACCCCACCUCAAAGAGCUUCUCCAUAAUUCUCUUCUCGCCCCCUCACUCCCAUUCGUCGAAGUAGGGCAGGCGAGUGCUGCGGCGGCGGCGGAGGCGACAUGGCCAUGUGCGGAAUGGGGAUGGACGAGCAGCGGCGGAAAUGCUCGCAGUGGGCGGCGGAGCACAUGGGGUAUUGCUUGUGCGGCACUAAGGAUGGGGUUUCUCUGGUUCUCGGAGCUUUGAGUGUGCUGAGUUGGGUGGUGGCUGAGAUUCCUCAGAUCAUUACCAAUUUCAGGGAUAAAUCCACCGAGGGCCUCUCCUUUUGGUUCCUCAUAACAUGGAUUAUUGGGGAUCUUUGCAACAUCUUUGGCUGCCUUCUGGAACCAGCUACUCUUCCGACUCAACUCUACAUGGCAAUGUUUUUUGCAUUGACUACCUUCUUUCUUGCCGGGCAAGCGCUAUACUAUUCUCAUAUCUAUCCACGACUGAAGUCCAACAGAAGGUCUCAUAAGGCUGAUGAGGAUGGCAUAUUUGAAAAGAGAAUGGAGCAUAACUACACUGCAGAGAUCAUACCAAGUAAUCAUCCCAGUGGACUGAGUGCUGGAAAAUCCAUACCUGCCUCUGGUGCUAUUCCUAGCUCACCAAUUCCCCUGCCCAGAAGCUCUAACAGUUCAUCAUUGGAAAAAGAUUUAUAUUACAAGUCUGCGAGAUCUCUAUCAAUGAGUCACACUCCUCCAGUUGGGUCUUUUCCAUCGCACAAAGCACUUGUUACAGAUGUUGAAAAGCAUUCUGUUACUACGCCAUUGCUUGGUGAAGUGCUUCCAGCUCAUUCUCCACCUACUCCAAAAACAAAAAGCAUGCUUUGUGUGGCUUCCUUAUUAACCUGCCUUGUUGGUGGAUGGAAUCACCACAAUACAAAAAACACCAAUAGUGGAAUUUUUCUUCAAAAACAAACUGGAAGAGUCCUGCUGCUUGGAAGAAAGCUUUUACAGGAAAAUGGUGGUCUUCUGCUUCACAGUCAAUCCAACCAGAUCAAUGGGAUUGCAGCAGUUCUUGGCUGGGCAAUGGCAGUUAUUUACAUUGGUGGGCGUCUGCCACAGAUACGGUUAAAUGUCAGGAGGGGAAAUGUUGAAGGGCUAAAUCCGCUAAUGUUCAUGUUUGCACUGUUUGGGAACAUCUCGUAUGUAGCUAGCAUUCUUGUCAGCAGCUUGGACUGGUCAAAAAUUGGACCAAACAUGCCUUGGCUGGUUGAUGCAAGUGGCUGUGUACUCCUUGAUACCUUUAUACUCAUUCAGUUUUUUUAUUAUCGUAAUCGCGUAAGACGUGGAGUCGAGAUUAAGCAUGGAAAUGGCAGCCACUAGAAUUGGUCCCCACAAAGAACAUAAUUUGCAACAAAGGGGGGCUACCAGUGAACAAGUUUUGCACAGUGCAUUGAAGGAGGAGCUGGAUUGCAGUGAAGCGAAAGAUUACCCCACCCCCACCCCCACCCCCACCCCAUCCACCCAUUGCUCGUUUACUAUUUUAUUAGAUACACUCACUCAUACACCCUUAAUUGAGUUCAUUCCUUGUCAAUUUACCGUUAUAAUUUUCUUGAUACAUUGAAAAGUGGAAGGAUGUAGAUAUACUUAUGUCUAUAUUCAUUCAUUUUCACUAUAUCAAGAAACCCAUAGAAGCCAUAGGUUGUGCUAGUUAGGAGCUUCUUAGAGACUUUAGGUUGAAAUUAUGCACUAGUGUUUUAGGUGCUGCUAUAUUACUAGACCAAUGUGCUUGUUACUCUAUUAUUUAUUGACAGUGGGCAGUCAUUCAUAGCAAAGUAAACUUCACCACAAUAA